UGGCGGCCGCCAUGCCUCCCGCAGGAAGGGGUAUAGAGGAAGGACACCGGUGUGCUGGCUGCGUGUGUCGGGGAGAUGGCGCUCUGCAGAGUGGUACUGGGUGUGCGGACGGCCCGUGGAGGGUUACAGAGCCAGCGCAGGCUGCGGGCCCCCAGCAGCUCGUUGCUCCGGAGCCCGUCCUCGCCGUACAACCAGCUGCUGAGAUAUUCCGGAAAUGCCGCAAAUUCCCCACAGCAAGGAAAUCUUCUGUACGUGCUCAUUGUGGGAGGAGCCACAGUGGCCGGAGGAGCCUAUCUCUACAGCACGCUCCACAGAGAUAAAACCCGAUUCUACGAGAGGAUCUCCACCUUUAAGGCCGUGAAGCAGAGAAGCGAGGGAAGUGAAAGUACGUCCGGGAGUAUAGCAGAACCCUCCGAAGCUGAUAAACAAGGAACCUCAGCAGCGGAUGUCGCCCCGCUGGCCCUGCCGUCCCACGUUCCCUUUCUUCUGAUUGGAGGAGGGACGUCGUCCUUUGCCGCAGCUCGAUCUAUACGCGCCCGGGAUCCAGGAGCAAAGGUCCUAAUUGUGUCCGACGAAACGGACCUGCCGUAUAUGCGACCGCCGCUCUCCAAGGAGCUCUGGUUCUCCGAUGACCCCAAUGUCACCGAGACUCUGCGGUUCAAGCAAUGGAAUGGCAAAGAGAGGAGCAUCUUUUUUCAGCCGCCGUCCUUCUACGUGUCUCCUGAGGAACUAAUGUCUACGGAACAUGGAGGAGUCUCAGUCCUGACUGGUAAAAAGGUGGUACAUUUGGAUGUCCGGGAGAACAAGGUGAGGCUGGAUGACGGAACCCAUAUCUCCUAUGACAAAUGCUUGAUUGCUACAGGGGGAACGCCUCGUAGUCUUCCAGCCAUAGAACGAGCGAGCGAGGAGGUGAAACGGAGAACAACGCUGUUCAGAAAGGUUUCUGAUUUCCGGGCUCUGGAGCGUCUCACUCCCACCAUCGGCUCCAUCACCAUUAUUGGCGGAGGAUUUCUGGGCAGCGAGCUGGCCUGUGCGCUGGGCCACCGAGGGCAGGAGAGCGGACUCCAAGUGGUCCAGAUGUUCCCCGAGAGCGGAAAUAUGGGGAAGGUCCUCCCGGAGUAUCUCAGCCAUUGGACCACCGAGAAAGUGAAGAGAGAAGGGGUUAAUGUUCUAACGGACGCCGUGGUCAAGUCUGUCCGCUAUCAAGAUGGGAAGCUUCACAUCCAACUCAAGGAUGGAAGACAGGUGCAGACCGAUCACAUUGUCGCCACCGUUGGUUUGGAGCCGAACACGGAACUGGCGAAGUCUGCGGGCCUGGAGCUAGAUGCAGACUUUGGAGGAUAUCGUGUGAACGCCGAGCUGCAGGCCCGGAACAAUGUGUGGGUGGCGGGGGACGCCGCGUGCUUCUACGACAUCAAGCUUGGAAGGAGACGAGUCGAACAUCAUGAUCACGCCGUCGUGAGCGGAAGACUCGUCGGGGAGAAUAUGACCGGAGCGGCAAAACCGUACUGGCACCAGUCCAUGUUAUGGAGUGACCUUGGUCCAGAGGUUGGCUAUGAGGCCAUUGGUAUUGUUGACAGCACCCUACCAACAGUCGGAGUAUUUGCCAAGGCCACAGAGAAAGACACCCCAAAGAGGGCAUCUGAGGAAAGCGGUACCGGGAUCCGAUCCGAGCACGAUGCCGAGGAGAUAACACAGUCCAAGAGUCCAACACCAGAAUCUGCUCCUUCCGCCCCCGCCCCGGCACAGCAGGGGGAAUCGUAUGGCAAGGGAGUCGUGUUUUAUCUAAGAGACAAUGUGGUGGUCGGGAUGGUGCUGUGGAAUGUCACUAUUUCAGUCAUCCGGGACCCCAGAGUUCUCCUUUUUAAUCCUGGAAUCUUUUUGUCUUCAUCUACUUGGCAGAUCAUAAAAGACGGAGAGGCACACGCGGACCUGAACGAGGUAGCCAAGCUCUUCAACAUCCACGAGGAAUAAACGGUUUGGGGGGGGGCGGAGACUCAUCGAGUCGUCGAUCACCACAGGGGGACAUGUGACAACUGGUGCACGGCCGCGCCGGCCCAGCUACACAGUGACCUGUGUGGAUCAUAAAGACGCUGUAAUACGAGAGUUUUCUGGUGCUGUGCUUGAAAAACGACAACCCGGCACGAUAAAAACAAAGCUGUUCUGUAUGUGAUCAUUGGAGUCCGAUCUCUGUUCUGGAAUCUUCCCAAUGGAGGAAAUAAAUUAUAAUUCAUCUGUUA